GAAGCUGUGGAGCGUUGGAUUCUGGCUGGGCGGUGGAUUGGAGCACGGUGACAUGCCAUCUGUCCGCUCGCCGGUGCUCCGGUGGAGAGGGGCGGCCAGCCCGGAUCUCCCCCGUCCGAGCCCGGCCUCGCCCCCCGCCGGUAGCGUGCGUAGGCAGUAGGUAAGGCCGCCGCCAUGGCCCUCCAUUGGGCGCCCAUGUGUUCCGCCACGAACUCUAGGGAUUUGGGGAUCGAUUCGGGGACCAAAUUGGGGGAUUACUGGAGCCUCAGGGAUGAUGCAGAUAAAUCGAUGAUGCGUUAGCCCCUCGAGGUCUAGCUGCAUGAAAUAGGCCAGGCAGAUUAUUGCCCAGAUUGGGCUGCAGGAUUCUCGUCUGCCAUGGGUGACUACACAAUCCGGAUAAGCACCAGCUUGAUCGAGCAGCUCGCGCGCGAUGACGAGAAGCAGGUGAAAAGGAGGACCAGGAAACCCAAGCCGAAGAAGGUGGUGGAGCAACCAGAGCAGCCUCAGGACAAUGGCAGGGAACUUCCAAGUGAACCCAAGAGCAGCCCUGCUCCUGUUUUGCCUUUUCCGCCACCCAUGUACCUACCAGUGACCCCCGCUCCUCCACCACAGUCUCCUGCAAUCCAGGAGGUGGAAGCCAUACGCACCGUGGUGGCGGAGAGCGAGAAGGUGCUGGAAAAGCUGCAGAAGAAGGAGGCGACGAUGCGCGAGGAGCUCACCAAGAGGGCCAAGGAGCUGCAUGACAAGGAGUUCAAGCUGCCCUACCAGAACCCCUCUCCGUGCACCGACGAGAGGGCCGGCUGCGCCGAGUGCUACAGGAGCAACGUACAGGACCCGCUCAAGUGUGCCGAGGCGGUCAAGAGGUUCGAGGCGUGCGUUCGCAUGGCGAGGCGGAGCGGUGGCGCCAUGGGAGCUGCUCAGUAGGCAGUAGCGCUGGAGGAGGGGUUGCGAGUCGGAGCGAGUGAGCCAAGUGUCGACCACACGAUUUUUCUUCUGUCGGGAUUGAUUGAUCGAAUAACCUGCCUGGAUUUUUGUUUGGUGAGACCUGAAAAACCAUCAGCUGUAGAUUAAUUCUGGUGAUGCCAUGAGUUUCCUUGAAUUUAGGGUGUGGCUCCAUGUUAAUUGCAUACUACAAAAUGAAACAUGAAUUGUGCUGCAAAAUUUGCAGGGUUCCUUGGAUUUUAGCCCG